AUGGCUGAAGAGCAUUCCAACGUGAUGGAGCAGCGGGUUGAAGAGCUCGCGGAAAUGAGAGAAGGAGCAAUGGCUCGAAGGGAAAACUUGCUCCAGGAGAAUGCUCCUGAGAAGAAGGAAGAAAGUGAAGCUCCUGAAGGUGAAAAAGAAGAAGAGAAAGGGAGCGAGGAUGAGCAAAAGGCGUCAUCCGAAAAGGCCGAAAGUUACUCGGAGAGUUACUACUCAAGUUCGUCAGAAGAAGAAGAAGGGCCCAAGGAGGCCGAAAAGCCCAAAGAAGGGGAAGGCCACAAGACUGAGGACUACAUCCUUUUGUCAGAAGAAGGAUUGUGGGCUGUAACGAGACAGUCGGCUCUGCUUGACGAGGAAAAUCGAAUGAUUCUCGAAGGAGAAAAUGCCCUGAACAUGGAUUUCGUGAGAAGCGAAAGGCUGAAGCAAAUCUACGACGAUUUCCAGACGAGAAUGAAGCAGCCGACAGAGCAGCUACCGGACAGUUUCGGGAGCCAAGUUGAAAAAUGGGGAGCCGAAGCAAUGGACUUGCUCACCGACCUCCGUGACAGCGAAGAGAUCAUCCACGGUGACCGGGAUGAGAUUGAGCAAAGGCUCGAUGGAGCAAGAAAGAAGUUUGAGAAGAAGAAGGAGGAGAUCGCUGAAAGCCUAAAGGAGGCAGAUGGCCUCAAGAAAGAGAUGGACGAAGCCGAGAAGGAGUUCCAAGAGGCAACGGAGGAAGUGAAAGACUUCCAAAUUUCAAAAGACGUGGUCAAGGGCGUCGUGGUAAUGAUGCGAACGGCCGGUGAAGUGAUGAAGGCAUUGAUUGACGAGCGGCCUGAGUUUGGAAGGCUUUUUGAGAAGAAGAGAGAGCGAGUUUCUCUCUAUGACUUGAUCAAGAAGAAAAGAGAGGCCGAAAGCGAAGCUGAGCCGAUGGGCAAAGAGCCAAUGGGCAAAGCAAGCGAGAAGAAAGGCGUGACAAUGCAGCCCAAAACGAAAGCAAUGCCCAAGAGGGCAAUGAACUGCGAGGCCAUGGCCCAGCAAGCGCUGGACCUAGGCGGAGUCGUACCGACAAGAGAAGACCGAAUCGCAGCCGGUUCGAGUUUGUUUUGCAAGCACUGCUUCCUGACCUCGAAGGAGGACCCCAGGACCAAGAUGUGUGGAACUGGAAAGCUGGAGAACGAGAAGAGCAGCGACUGGCCAAAGUCAAGAGAUGGAAAUGGGCCAGAGUGUGCCAAAGGAUUUCCAAAGGAAGAGCUUGAAGAAGCGAAGAAGGAAGACGAAGUGAAGAUCAAGUGGAGCUUUCCGGAGUUGGAAGACGAGCGGAAGGCGAAGAUGGCAAAGGCCAAAGCAGCAAAGGAAAGCGUCGAGAAGGAGCAAGCGCUGAAGGCAGCCAAGAAGAAGAAGUCUGGCAAGAAGGAGAAGAAGGAAGGAAAGGCGAAGAAGGAAAAGAAGGAGAGAAAGUCCAAGAAGGAGAACAAGGAGACGAAGACAAAGAAGAAGGCAAAGGCCCCAGCAGCCGAGAUUCAGAAUGAGGACCUUUGA